CAAUCAUAACUCCACUACUCAAUACCCUCAACCAUUACCCAUAAGCGUCAAAGCCCUUUUAUUCACGUACUAAACACUCGACUCGACAUUGCUUAAUUCUCGAAUCCAACAUGGCGCCGAAUCUUUCCCUGUUCUCGGUCAAUGCCAUUCUAAUACUAGCCACCGAUGAUUCCUCUCGAGUUCUCACGAAGUACUACGACGCACCCCACCCUCCCACCGGCAACCCAAGCACCUACCCCGGCCAAAUCGCAUACAAGACGGUGAAAGACCAGAAGGCAUUCGAGAAGGGCCUACUAGAAAAGACCGCGAAGCAGACAUCAGAUAUUAUCCUAUACGACAACAGGAUAUGCGUCUUCAAGACGGAGGGCGAUCUGAUGCUCUACGUCGUGGGUGGUGCUGAAGAGAACGAGAUUCUGCUCUACCACGUCAUCCUCGCACUCCGCGACUCUCUCAACAUCCUCCUCAAGAACUCCGUCGACAAGCGUACCGUGAUCGAGAACUACGACCUCGUGUCCCUCGCCGUUGACGAACUAGUCGACGACGGCAUAAUCCUCGAAAUCGACCCAGUCGUAAUCGCCUCCCGCGUCAGCCGACCGCCCGCGCAAGACAUGACCAGCAUGCAAGGCAUCGACCUCUCGGAGCGCGGCCUCAUGAACGCGUGGGACUUUGGCAAGGCGAAGCUGGCGGAGAGGCUGAGGCAGGGGUUGUAAGAGGUGAGGGUAGUAUAUUUUCCGAAAAGCUGAACUUUGCGAACCUAUCACCUCGUGGGACGAUUGAGGCUGGAGGGCUGAGGGAAGGGGACCGGAGUGUGCUGAGGGCUUAGAUGAGAGCGAGAGAGGGAAUCGGUGGAGCCGAGGUGGCGGGCUAGGGACAUAUAGCUUCGGUGUAGGCGUUUGGGCGCGAGGGAUAACUUAGCGGAGGUGGUGAUGAGGCAUAUUAAGCUCCCUUUGAUUGGACCGAGUCCAGCGCGCAGAGGAUGAAAAAACAUGUUUACAUGCUAUACGAAAUAGUGCAACAAGUGGAAUGCACGAGGAGCAAUUCUCAUAUUAUCAUUCAUAAGAG